GUGCGAAUACUAUUGGAUGUCUGAGUAUGACUGUCAUUAUGCUGCCUUUCGGUUUAUCUUUUUUUUAAUAGAUUUGGACAUAUAUUUUGACUAUAUUUGCAAUGAAGCAAACGCGGUCGCAAGCGUCAUAUAACUGUUGUCGAUUACCCACAUCCUACAAUUAUCUCAAUGUGCUUGUGUCGAUCACAUUGGACGUUUCACAUACAUAAGGGAGGGGGGCUGGAAGACAGCACUGAUUUCGACGGAGACGCGUUAGCGACAGAACUGCGCGAUGCAUGGCGCCGCUUAACGUGGAGUUACUGGGGGUGAGUGGAAGCACGCCGAGCGUGGCCGCGGCCGCGCGCGCCUCUGCCGCGUGGCCUUUGAACCCAUUGUUGUGUCGCGGGUGACGUCGGCGCGGCGUGCACGGGCAGGCAGAGCGGCGUGCGCCGGGCGAGACAAAGGCGGCGGACGUGAGCACGGCACGAAUAAAGGUGUGAGGCAACAAACACCGCAAGGUAGACGCGCUUCACUUUAAAGAAAUGCUUUUUCUUCGAUAGCUAGCGGAACGAAGAAAGUAGAAACUUGAAAGGGGGUAAACGCGAGACCUGCUUUCCUGUUCCAUUGAUACGGAUUCUUUUCUGUUUUGAUAUCAGUUGCAUCUUUAUUGCACUGUUAAAUUGAUUGCGGGUGAUCAACUAACGAGGCAGACUUCAUUUAGGACUCGCGAGAAAUAUGAAAAAUGACAUGUCUAGGGCCACAUCGUUGAAAGCAUGUUUAGCAAGCUAGUUCACGGCAAACCAGAAAACAAAGAACUUGAAGCUAAUAUCUCGUAGGCAUGUUCAACUCCGUCAGUCCGCGAUCUAGACAAGUUAUUGUGCUUUUUUAGACAAAGGCCAAGACAACGUGAACAAGGACUUAAGGUUGCCGUCUCCGAAAAAGUUCUUAUUUCAAUUUUAUAGGCAUUUCAUUAUCUCUUUCAGUGAGGUGUGGGGGAAGACCGCAGUUUGAAAACACUCAGCAAUAAGUCACGGCAGGAAAAAAAGCACUGCUUACAACUGAGCAGUGCGAAACCUGUGAUGCAAACAUAGGGAGAAAUUAUCUUCUGAACAACAAAAAAAAAACUGGAAUAAAAAGAAGGGUGAAAGAAAAGUGAUUGGGCUUGGGAGUGGAACUGGGGAGAAGGGAAAGGGGGGGUCAUCUGAGAAUUAUGCGCUGAUUUAGAUGUUUACGUUAAAGGGGUGCUUUGAUUGAACAUUUUUUUUGUUGUAAAAUUGACAUUUAAGGUGCAUGGAGAAGGAUUAGAAAACUGCAUCGCACCGACACUAAUGCCCAAACUCAGGAACUAUGCCUAGCCCGCUUUUUCACUCAGAAAUAAUGGAUAGUGAGAGAGUGAUAAGCAAUCAGCACUCUGGGGUUGUCUUGCCCGAUGACUCUGAGCCAGAGUCCCGGGACGAAGAGCAUCAGGACGCGCUGCGCUUCGCCCUCGAUCAGUUGUCUCUCAUGGCUGUGGAGACGGACUGCAGCGACGGGGGAGGAAUGGUCGACUCCCUUGAUGCUACAGACUCUAACCCUGAGACUUGCAAUGGCGUAGGAGGAGGGUUUGGCAGCUUGCAGAUCCUCGAACACUCCGGUGGAUCACCCAGAUCUUCCGUAUCAUGUUCUCCUCCCGAGGAGUACUACGGUACCGGUGGGUUUCACAUGAACGGCCCGCUUACUCACUCCAUGCUGGGGGAGACGAGCUCCGCACUCUGCAGCCGAAAGAGGAGCGUCAAUAUGACGGAAUGUGUGCCAGUCCCUAGUUCGGAGCACGUUGCAGAAAUCGUGGGAAGACAAGGUUGUAAGAUUAAAGCUCUGCGUACAAAGACCAACACCUAUAUCAAGACCCCAGUGCGAGGAGAGCAGCCAGUGUUUAUUGUGACUGGGCGCCGCGAAGACGUAGAGAUGGCCAAACGGGAAAUCCUGUCUGCCGCCGAGCACUUCUCCAUGAUCCGAGCUUCGCGCUGUAAGGCUGGGGGCGGUUCUUCUGCCGGAGCCGUACCGGGACCCCCCCAUCUGCCGGGACAGACCACUAUCCAGGUGCGGGUGCCAUACCGUGUGGUGGGUCUAGUGGUUGGGCCCAAGGGGGCCACCAUCAAACGCAUCCAGCAGCAGACACAUACCUACAUCGUGACCCCGAGCCGUGACAAAGACCCCGUGUUUGAGGUGACGGGCAUGCCGGAGAACGUGGACCGGGCACGGGAGGAGAUCGAGACCCACAUCACGCUGCGUACCGGGGCUUUCGUGGACCUGCAGGGGGACAACGACUUCCACAGCAACGGCACAGACGUCAGCCUGGAAGGGCUGGGCGCCAUGGGCCUGGGUGGCGCUCUGUGGUCCAGGGCCAGCCACCCCUCCUCGCCAUCCGCCCCUCUCUCGCUGCACCACCCCACCAGAAAGGUGACACCCGCUUCCUUCUCCGGUGGCGGCGGCAGCCUGGGCUCCGAGUCGUAUGCCGGAACACGCCGGGCCCCCGAGAGCGGCAGCAGCCCCGGGAGUCCCUUUAGUGCCGUCGGCGGCGGCGGUUUCACCUUCGGCGGGGAGUCGACGCCCGGCCUCCCUGCUGCACCGGCAGAAGAGCUGGCAUUCGAGUUUGGCGCUGCCCACAUCUGGAGACCCUUACUCAACGGGUCGCAGCGCCGCAACAGCAGCGGCCUGAGCGGCGGCACCGUCACCCCACGCCUGUCACCCACCCUGUCUGCGGACCAGGCCGGCCUGGAUCACCCCCUAGCCCGACGGGCCCAGAGCGACCCCCUCAGCACCCUCUCCUGGUUGCAAGCUGGUAACGCAUCCUUCUCUGCAAGCAGCAGCAGCAGCAGCGGAGGCAGCAGCACCGGCUACUCGUCAUCCUGCUCCGCCUCCUCACUGCCUGGGGGCUCUCCCACUGAGCUGGAGGGUGGGGUCGGCACCUCGGGGAUGCUGGGUCACUUUAAGGCCGGCGCCCUUGCCGUGGGUCCCGCAGAGGCGUCCAAGGACUGCUUGGUGUGCUACGAGAGCGAGGUGACCGCUGCCCUGGUGCCCUGCGGCCAUAAACUCUUCUGCAUGGACUGCGCCGGCCAGAUCUGCCAGUCGGGCGAGCCCAAGUGCCCCGUGUGCCACAUGCCCGCCACGCAGUGUAUCCGAAUCUUCUCCUGAUGCCCCGAAACUCUUCUGCAGCCAGAAAUCGCGAGGGGACGAUGUGUCACCGGAGGCGGAGAUCCGGCCGUUUCGUUGAAUCCCGAUGACAAUGUACGCUCAGAAAAAAUGCAUUAGUCACAACACUCAGACUGAUUUUCAAUAGACGAGGCAAUGUAGGGUCAGAAUAUGUGUCGUUUGCAAAGGGAGACGUUGCUUCCUGGAUCACAUGACUACUGUCCAUCACUGCAGGUUCCAUUCUGGAGUUAGGGGGGGAAAUACAGUGUCUUAUCUAUCUUCAGGAGUUAAGCUUAUUAAUGCAGUUUGUUUUAACUUUGUAUACUUUUUAAGUGUUUAAAAGCAAUUACUGCAUAAAUGUAAGGAUUCUGUUGUUUUGCUACUUAAGUAAUUUAGCUGCAAGGGCCUGGUGCACUUUUUAAAUGUAUUUUUAAAGAGAAUAUAAUUCAUAUAAGGGGCUAGAUAUUUUUAAACAAUUUUUAUCCUGCAUUUAAACUUUUUUUUCCUUGAAUGAUGACAAUUGUUGCGAGGCCGUUGCGGAGAUGUGUGUGGGGGGGGUUCCCUGUCUUCGCGUUACAGUUUUUCAUUGCCAGUUAUCUGUGAAGUUUUGUGCUCUGCUGUAGUUUUUAGGCUUUGAUAUUUCUGUGUGCGUGUGUCGCGAUAAUGCUGACAUUUAUAGGGUAGCGAAGUGACUGAUCAGAAAUACAGAUGGAUAAUCAUAUUUUUUUCUUUGUGUGUAGGUGUUGAUAAGAGAAUACUUUAACAACAAUAUAUUUAUGCAUAAUUACUGCGAACUCAUAUUCUUUUAAUCGGAAGAUUUUACUUGAAAAACGAAGACUGAGAGACCUAAGAUAUCUUUUCAAUGCCCGAUUGUGUGUUUUUAAACCCUUUUCUCCGCUUUUAUUUUUCCAAUUUUUAUAGAAGCUUAUAGAAAGAAUUUCAGCCAAUUUUGUGAAUCUCCUAGUUUCUUGUGGGUUUUGUUUUAUAACAAUGAAACCAAAAUCCACGCGACCACCCGGAUCCCGCUGCAGGUUGACUGUGUUUUAAAUGGUAGGUGCUUUUCGGCCUCCAGUCAAAACUGGUUGCUAACUGUUGUCUGGUUUAAAUGGUUUUCCAAAGCCAGACCAGCGAGCAUGUAAAUAUCUGUUAAGGAGGCUGUAAGAUAUAUGGUUCUUUUCGUCUGUGUGAUGGUUGUGUUUUGUGGCUGCGGAGUUUGGUCUCACACUAAUGGUUGGAGAGUCGUGGCACUUUAUCCCAUGACUGUCCAGCAUUGUAGCGGAGGGAAGGCAGUUUGGUGAUCGUGAAACGCACCAGUGUCCUUUUCAGUGGACUGUGUCCUGAUUUUCCUUCUCCUUUUAAUCAAAGCCACUACACGUUCUGCCGCUGAGUUCAAGUAAAUAAAUAUGUCAUUUUCUUGGCAUUUUUAAUAGCAAUAUACAGUGGCAGGUGUUUCGCAUACUCUCCAUAUGUGUGGAUUUUUAUUUUAUUUCCCCUCCUUAUGCCCCAAAUGGCGGUCUUCCAUUUUUAUAAAGUCCCUCUUUUCCCAAACUAGGUAUUUGUUUUUAAUUCUCGGUGUAUAAAAAAAUGAAUUGCUGGGAUUAGCCCCUAAAUGCAAAUAGCAUAGACACCCAGGAGAUGUGAGAAGCCAUAAAUCACUCAUGUAAGAAGGGUUUACUGUUUACUGUCUUUCCAGCACUGUCAGCAGCGUCGUCUUGUAGGAAUAAACGGCAUCGGUGGCAGCUACUCAAGGUGCAGAGCUUCCAGGUGCUUGAUGUGCCGCUGCGACUUUAAUCGUUAGUUUGUUCCAUUGACCGUAACAAAGAUCAGCUCACUCCCAAAGUGUUGGGAGGGUUAUUGUUAGGGUUCGGUGUUGGCGUGUGAUCGUUUGAGCUGAAUGCACGUGUUUAUGUGGUGUUAAUGUCAUGUACCAGAUUUUAUUUAUUUUUGUUUGGAUCUUUUCUUUAAUAAAAUGUAUUAAGGCACAGAGAGACAUGAUCUCAUGACUGCCCGUAGCGACACAAGUGUUCUUUAAAGCAUUUCUUUUUUUUUUUUUGUCCAGUCUGGGAUGCUGCUGGUGAAUGUUUGUUUGUUUUGUUUGUUUUUUUUUUGUUAUGGAUGGUAGGUGAUGCCUAAGAUUACCUCUGGAUUACCUCGUUUUAAGGUCAUCAGGAGUUGUACAAAGCACGCUGUGCUGCAAAUGAUGGGUACGUAAACGGGGAUUCCCAGGGGGCAGCCUGCAAAAUGUACAUUGGCUAUGUGAAAGGUACGAUCCAAUCAGAAAUUUGUUCCUAGGUGCAUUGUGGGAACAGUGAACUGUUACACGGGGAGGGCGGCCAUCUUCACUGCCCACCUCCCCCUCGAACUGCCCACUUGUCUCUUCCAUUCUGUAUUUUGGUCACUUCUUUAGCAGUGUUGCAUUAUUCAAGAACCAAUGUGGACUCUUUAUUUGUUCACAAUCUGCAUGCCUUGAAUUAAUUGGCCGAUAGCCAAUAUGAUUGUCUUUUUUUUCGUAUUUGCUUAUGACCUAAAUGUCCCUGAUCAUGUGACCUUUUUUUUUUUUUAUAAAAAAAAAAACAAAAAUGUUUUUUCUUUCUACUUGUAGGCAAUUUAUGACAGAUGGCAAUUUUAUUGAGUAGAGUUUUACAUUGAAAUAUAUUUUAUUUUAAAGUUUAUGGACCUUUUAACCUUAAGGGGAAGUACUUCUAUAUAGUACAUAUAUGGUUAUGAGAGAU